UUGCGACUUCUCUAAAGUCUAGUUUCUCAGGACAGUGGAACCUUAAAGCUUGAUCCUGACACCAUGUGGGCUCUUAUCUUCUGGCUUCUGAGUCACCCCCAGGACGGCGGAGCCUGGUCCCACUCUCUGCAUUACUGUUACUCAGCUGUGACUGAGCCGGGCCCGGGAGUUCCUUCAUUUUCCGCCAGUGGCUUCUUAGAUAACCAGCCCUUCAUCCACUACGACAGCAGGAGCAGGAAGGCAAAGCCUUGUGCUGACUGGCUGAGGGAAAAUGCACAGUACUUCACUCACGAGACGGAGGUUUUCACCAAUCGGAUGAAGAUUUUCCAGUUGAGCCUGAGAAACAUUCAGCAAUACUACAACAGCUCUGGUACCCAGAGUCAGAGAGCAGAUGGCUUCCACCAGCAAGCAGGCCCUCACACCCUCCAGUUCACAUACGGCUGUGAGAUGCGGGACAACAGGACCACAGGGCACUGGCAGUAUGGCUACGAUGGCAGGGAUUACCUGACCUUGGACUUGGACUCUAUGCAAUAUAUAGCAGCCACCUUCAUUGCUGACUACACCAAGCGCAAGUGGCAAAACAAUGAGUACUGGCUGGAGAAAGAGAAGACCUACUUGGAGAAGGAGUGCAUCCUAUGGCUGCAGAGAUACUUAACCAUGGGAGGAGAGAACUUUACACGAACUGACCCGCCAAAGACAAUAGUGACUCAUCAGCUCAAACCUGAAAGAGACGUCACCCUAAGGUGCUGGGCCCUGGGCUUCUACCCUGCUGACAUCACCCUGACCUGGCAGUUGAAUGGGGAGGAGCUGACCCAGGACAUGGAGCUUGUGGAGACCAGGCCUGCAGGGGAUGGAACCUUCCAGAAGUGGGCAUCUGUGGUGGUGCCUUCUGGAGAGGAGCAGAGAUACACAUGCCAUGUACAACAUGAGGCACUAACCCAGCCCCUUGUUCUGAAAUGGGAGCCUCUUCAGCUCACCACACCCACGACAGGAGUAUGUGCUAGGGGAAGAUGUCGUCCUCAAGCAACCUUGCUGAGUGUCCUUGCAUUUCCUUUAUUUGGCAUAGUACUGUUUGGACUUAUCUGCUACAGAACUCAGGUCAGAAGAAAGAACUGGCCUGCUCCAUCUGUUCCUGAAGAAGAGAGGCUCUAGGACAGGACCCAGGGACAAGGGUCUAAUGUAAAUAUUUUACAGCCCAAAGCAGGCCUGGCCGUGAUCCUCAGAGGACACAGGUUUCAGUGAAGAGCCUGGCCUACGCUUGCUUUUAGAGCUGUAUAAUGCUUGCUGCUCUAAGCUAAAGAAAGGCACAACUAAGAACUGGCAUUGCUGCUGACCCUGGUCCUUUCUGCUGACUCGGGCUGAGGCUUGGCUGUGUCCGCUAGGUAGUGCCACUGCUGCUGAUCUGUGUUUGUUAUCCUGACUCUACCUAGCUGGACUGCUGGUGUAACCGUGAAGAAUUUGUGAGUGGAUUGAACUGCUACUGCUAACCUGUAUGGGGUAGUGAACCAUGAGAGAAAGCCUGAUAAGGCCGAGCUGGGUUUGGAUUUGGGAAGCCAUGGAAGGUAGGGAUUUGGAAGACUCUGUUGCUAAAUACGAUCUGAACUCUACGACCUGGGCCGAGAAGUUUCCGUGGAGAAGAAUUUCUCCGUAGGUGGCCUACAGACUGUUUUUGCAGUAUUUCGGUGAGGUGAAGAAUGUGGCUGCUUUUGGCCAUUGUCCGAAGAAUUUGUCUGAGGCUAAGGUGAAGAGUCUCAGAUUAUUAGCACUGACAAAGAAGUCUCUCGGAAAAAGCCCAGCAGAGACUUUGUUCUUUGGUUAAGACUCAUGAAGAGCAACAAGCAUGGUAAGCUGAGAAAGGAAAAACACAAAGUAUACAGUUCAAGUACUAAAGGGGCACC